CGCAAUCAAUUCGUGGAGUCGCAUUCAGUCACUACAAAAACAAUACUACAUAAGAUAGAAGGUGUGGAGUAUAAUGACGUUGUCCGAAUUCCAAUUAAAGAAGAGGGGUAAAUUAUAUUCAACUAGUGAAAUGUCUUUAGGCCAUUGUCGUUAUACGAAUUUUAGGUUCGGCUGAAUCUUAGGCUACCUGUUCCAACAUCUUGAUGGAGUAAAACCAUUAGUAAGCUUGCCAUUCUGUCAGGCAUGAACAAAAUUCAGUCUAGCAAAAUGUUUCCUGGACUCCUGUCUAAGUUGUCUUUUCUUGGACAGCAAUUAAUUGUCUCGAGUUGCAUUAAUUUUGGUACUUUCACCCUACUUCCUGAUUGUACAAGAAUAGAAAACUCUUCCACAGGAUUCUAUGACAAGUGUAUGAUCCAUUAUCACCAUUUCCUACUAAUAUGGUGGUUAAAUUUUGUUAUGUGCAUCCUCAGUCUAACAUUAGCUUUUGAUUACAGACACUGUGUACUUCGCAGUUUAGUGGUUUUCAUUCUGACCAUCUGGGAAUUCACUUUUAUUCAUUCUUCAGCUACUGAUGAUUUCCUUAUGCCUCUCUUUGUAAUCUUUUUUCGAUCUCUUAUAUUUGGGUUGCUAUUAUGGGAUAUCAUUGUAGAUAUUGAUUUCAGAAAUUGUGUAACGUUGGUUUGUGACCACUUUGUAGGCGAAAUUGUUAAUCCCUUCUUUGAUUUCUUAGAGGAGUAUGUUAAUGCAAUUGACGAUUUGCCAUGGGUCUGGAAUUUGAUUGAUGGGCUUGAUGAGAUAUCAAAACUUGCCUUGUGUACAAAUGUGUAAUCCCAAUGCACAGUUCAAUGGUAUUAACAAAUCUGCCCCCCCCCCCUCCCUUGCACCCCACAGUUUCCCUGUGGUCAAAACCCGGAAAAGUCCUUCAAUUUUCAUUUGCCACUAUCUUUUUUACAAAAAAAAUAAAAAUACUUAAUGUAUCUAUCAUAGAUCGUUCUACACUUAUUCGAUAUUGGAAAGUAGUAAUUGGUAAAUUUUAAAAAUAUUGUUGUUUAUUAUUUGAAUGUUGAGAUGAGACAUAUCUACAUUUAAUAUGAAUAAAUGAUCGUUAUUUGAAGCAUUUUCUUCGAUGCCAUCGUUAGAAAUAAAAUAAAUAUGGGACAUAAACUUUGAAUUCCCAAGAUAAAAUUAAAUUUUGCGCUUAAAAGUAAAUGGAUUGCAGAGGCGUGGGUUGGCAUAUAAUUAGAAUUUAACAUUUUAAGCUGAAAACCUUAAAGGCAUUCAUCAUCGGAAGAAAAGUAGGAAGGAGUAGUUUUCUUAACUGAUUGAAUGAUCUGGCGGGCGUUAUGUCGUGUAAUCCGCUCCAUCUCUUUUACUUUACGACCAAAAACCUCUGGACUUUCAUUGUUUACUUCGUUACUCAUGUUAGACGUAUUUAGAGGGCGAAGAUUCGAGCGACUUCGGAGAUUGUAGGCAGACUGAAUUGCUGGCGUGUUGCAACGGCUACUUCGACUUGAGCGCAAAGCAGGUCUUUCAGUUUUGAUCUCCUUUUUAAUUUCAUCAAAAGAAACAUGGAGCAUAGAUUCCGGACUGGGAACGACACUGGACGACCGAGACUUGGCUGUGAUAAAUGCAUCAUCGUCUGAGGAUGGAACAUAGGUUCCAUCACUUGCUUCGGAAUCGUAGGAAAAUUCACUAUCCGAGCUAUCAGAGAAAUCGGCGUUGAACUUUUUCUUUUCGAAGUCGAUUACAUCAGACGACAACAAAUUCGAAUUCCCUAUGCCACCUGUACCAGACAUAGCUUGUUCAGUGUACUUUUUAACAAUUGAUGAAUGCAAGUAUAAGGCGACUCACCCAUACUUUCAAAAUAACCUUUCAGCUCCAAAUUUUGCCGCUGAAUUUGCAUCAACAGAGUAUUGUUAAUAAGGUUGUAGUCCUGAAAUUUGUAAGCGAAAUGGGCAAGCAACACAACGCAAAACAGCAUGGCCGAUUUUCUCACAAGCCAUAUCCUCCAAUACAUUUCUUUCUGUUAAAGUAAUACGGGUAAGUACAGAAAUGAACUGUUCUAAUUCGACUGGCACUUACAGAUGCUUCAUCAGCUGGCACGUAUGCACAGUCGUCGGAAACGGUCAAAUGGACAAUACAUCGUUCCAAUGCUAAACUGCAACCAAAAAGAACGAACAACCAAAAGCGGGCCGCGGCAGUGCGAGAAGUUGAUGUCAGUAAAUAAACCGUCAGCAAAGCUGUUGGGUAGAAUAUUAGGCUAUAGAAUCCGGACACUUCUCUAAAAAAUUAAGACUGUGCAUUGUGAAGAAUUUUUAACUAAUUUUAAAGUAAAUACCCUAAAACAAGAUUUUGAAGUUUCGAAAGUCGAUCGAAGACUUCAAAAAUCAUAUUUCUUUGUUCAUUGGUUGAUAAUCUGUCAAUAAAUCCAAAAAGUGGAGUCAUAGUCAUAGUCAUAAACUAGAACUAAAUAAUUAUUUUUGGUAUUACCUGAACUCGUCUAGCAUAUCUUUUACAUUGUCUUUUGACAUGUCAAGUGCUAUUCCAAGUUGUGAACUACUUUCUAAAAGACGUUCUUGUUGAAAAAGAGAUUUCCUUUGAGCUUCUAGGAUUGCAUCUUGUAAUUCAUUAGUAUCCUCUAGUGUCUGCACAACCUUUAUGGAGUUAUCUGUUAACCUUUAAAAAAAAAGUGAUGAAAGGAAAUAAAUCUUCCUGAUUUUUACUAACAUAAUAUGUUAAACCUACUUUGCAACUGUAUUCUCUGUUUCUUCUUGCCACACUUGUGUCUGGAGAAAAUAACACAUGCUCUGAGUGUGUGUGAAAAAGUUAGUGAAUGCUGUAAAACCAUUAUUAUUCAUUUGGCUUAGGCAAACACUUAUAUCUUCAUCGUUUUCACAUGGAUAUGUAGUUUGUCCAACUUUUUCAAGAAAGCAGUUAGUAAACUUGAGAGCCAGAAAUCUUUGUAAGUCAUCUGUUAGAUGUUUGCAUCCAUGUUCUAAUUCCUUUAAAGCAUUUUUCCAACACGAACCAUAACGUGGCAUUUGUGAAUCACGCACCACUAAAUUGUAAUUAAGCUGACCUUCUUGUAAUUGUUUGUCAUCUUUUAGCGCAGAAUAUUUAUAACUUUCUUUACGUACUGAAUCUUGGAUUAUUAUUUUGCUUUCUACAUUUGCAACAAUGAACAAAUGCAAAGUCCCUAUUGCAAACGCAAAGAAAUAAGUUAAGCACAUUUUUCUCUUAGUGUGGCUCACUUUCCCACUCAAACUGACAUUCCAACAAUUUUCAAAAAUACUUUCAUUGCUUGUUGUCAAACUUCCUUUCAAAAUUAUGCUUCAACAAUCAAUUCAAAGUUAGAAAGUUAAAUCUAAAAAUUUGAAAACAAAUGAUAAAAAAUUAAAAUUUAUGUCUAUAAAGUAAUUUAUUUUAAUACUAUUAAUUGAAAACUCUAAAAGUAAAACAUUUCAGAAAUUUUGGCAGCGACGUUAGGCCACAAGUCUUGACGAAUCCAGACCCAGCUCAAGCACAAGGCUUACAGUUGCGUGAUUUGCUGUCAUUGGAUUUUAUACUAAUAAUAUCGCUCUUAUCAUGUCUGGAAGAGAAGGAGGUAAAAAGAAACCAUUGAAGGCCCCUAAAAAGGACAACAAAGAAUUGGACGAUGAUGAUAAGGCAAAUCUUCAAAAACGAAGGGAGGAGGAAAAAGCAUUGAAAGAACUGGCUGCAAAGGCUGCCAAGGGACCACUGGGAGGAGGAGGCAUCAAGAAAUCGGGGAAGAAAUAAUUAUCUAAAAUUGUUGACCAACAAAAUUUUGAAUACAAAAGUGCUCACAUGUAUUUCUGGUUGCUUUCUCACUCUAAAUACAUCAGAGAUUGGAAAGCAUA